AUCAACUUCAGAGGGUAUCAAGGGGUCGCUGAGGAGUGUGGGACGGUGGCGGACUGUAUUAAUGUCUGACUACUCAUCUGUAAGGUGCGUGUACCUUGUGUCCGCUUCGGUCGUCUGUUCAGGAAUGCACCCCAUGGCACUGCCGCUUGUGUAAAUCGCGAGGAAGCCGCGUUAGAAACGAAAUUUCUGUUUUCCGCUCGCGCUGUCAUUUUCGUACGUCGGCUGAACAACGUCGGAGCUUGCGCCGUAAUUGUCGAUGCAUAGAUAGCUAGUCAGCUAGUUAGCAGAAGAAAUACACCAUUCGGUGGCUCAAACACUGAGCUAUCAUUACCGAACACGAAGUAAGUUCAGGUUCUUCAACCGGACCGUUUGGACACUUAAGGCUACCGUGCAUAUUCUGGUGUAUUAGCGAACUACUCGAUCAGCAAAAAAGAGGUGACUCGUGAGAGGCAGGGAGAGAACGACGGAGGCGCAGUGAGCCAGGAGCGGCCGAUGAGUUCAGACCAGGGCGGAGAGCAGCAGCUGCAGGAGGAGGCUGAGCCGGGACCCAAAACCCGUGGGGAGGACGAGAUCACACCCGGGACCGGGGGAGACUCAGGCGUCAUGGUCACAGCUAAAGGAGCUGGUUUGAAUCCAAAUGCCAAGGUGUGGCAGGAGAUCCCUGCGACACAAAGUGAGGCUCCUGUGGAUGGCACUGAGGCCUCCCCCUGGUCCCAGAACAACACAGCUGAAGAUGCGUCUAUUGGUAAACAGUACACACCAGACUUCCCCACUCUCGAAGACAAUGGCACCUCUGCUACUGUAGAGGGUUUGGUGAACGGUAUGGAUCCUCCUGACCAAAGCUUCCCUGUUUGCGAGCACACUACAGCAACUAAUGUGGAGUCCAAGCUCCCGGAGGAACAGCCCAUCUCUGAAGAGACUUUGCGGGAGUCUCUUAAAAAAGAAUUGGAGUUCUGCUUCUCCAGGGAGAACUUAUCUAAGGAUCUUUACCUAAUAUCACAAAUGGACAGUGACCAAUUUGUCCCCAUCUGGACUAUUGCCAGCAUGGAAGACAUCAAGGUCCUUACAACUGACAUGGACCUCAUCUUGGAUGUACUUAGAUCAUCUCCCAUGGUUCAAGUUGACGAGAAAGGGGAAAAAGUGCGGCCUAAUCACAAGCGUUGCAUCAUCAUUUUGCGAGAAGUCCCAGAAACAACACCUGUUGAGGAAGUGGAAGCCUUGUUCAAGAAUGACAACUGUCCAAAGGUAAUAAGUGUGGAGUUUGCACACAACAACAACUGGUACAUAACAUUCCAAUCAGACACCGAUGCUCAACAGGCCUACAGAUAUUUAAGGGAAGAGGUGAAGACAUUUCAGGGAAAACCAAUUAUGGCCAGAAUAAAAGCCAUCAACACAUUCUUUGCAAAGAAUGGUUACCGCAGCCUGGAAUGCAGCGUGUACCCUCAGCAACCUCACACUCAGUACAGCUCCCCUCUCUUCAUGCAGCCUGUUUACAGCCCCCAGCAGCAGUACCCACUCUACGGCAUUGUACCUCCUACCUGGACUCCAUCUCCUACUCCGUACUUUGAGACUCCACUGGCACCUUUUCCCAACAGUGGUUUUGUCAAUGGGUUUAACUCAUCUGGACACUACAAAACUGGCUCAAAUUCUUUUAACCUUAGCCGUCCUUUCAGCAGGAACCGUGUUCCACUCUAUUCAAGAAAGAAUGUAAUAAAUGCCUUCAGUAGGAACCACGUGAAGCCUCAGACAAGGGCUAAUGAUGGACUGUCUUCCACUGUGUCCCCGGUUACUGUUGUGGAUGGGCUGUCUGGCCUGCAUAGUCCCCAGCAUUCCAGCAGCAGUGCCCCGUUACUGUCAUCCGAGGCCAACUCGUCUUUCCCACACCUAGCUUCCAACGAUCCAAGUGAUGAUGGUACCGUGGCAGGACGUGGAAGGAGAACAACAUACAGAGGCACUCGAAGGCGGCGAGAAGAUGAUCGCACAACAAGACCAGUUCCGCUGUCUCAAGUGAAGGUACCGCCCCCCAAGUUUGACCUGGCUGCCUCCAACUUCCCUCCGCUGCCUGGCUGCUCUGUCAGUCCGCAAGGGGAGCCAGUGUUGGAGAACCGCCUCUCUGAUGUCGUACGGGGCCUGAAUAGGGACAAGCAGCAGGAUUCAAACAAAGAGUCCACUGUAAGUCCUGCAGGCCCAGCCUCUGAAGAGACUGUAUCCAGGCCCUGCCAGACUGUAGUCAAGGUGACUGCACACAUCCCUGAUCCAGUGACCUCGAGCUCAAACCACUUGGAAAAGAAACUGGAGAAGGCAGAGACUCCAGUCUAUAAAGAGACGUCUGUGACCUCUGCCCCUGUCACAGCCAUGCCACCCACCCCCUCCUCAACAACACCUGGCCCAAAGCCUCAACCCAGCUCGUCUACUCCUGCAGCCCCCCAGUCUAGCACUGUCGCCUUAAGCACACCGGCACUGGAACCUCGAAAGCUUAGUUAUGCCGAAGUAUGUCAGCGACCACCCAAGGACCCUCCCCCUCAGUCAGCAGCCUGUUCCAGCCCCAACAAUGCAACUGCACAGCCUCUGAGAGAGCUGCGUGUUAACAAGGUGGAGGAGCAGCCCUCCAGCCCCGCAAACAAACAGGAGCGGCCUCAGGAAACGGGGGGCAACUGCAAGGCCAAGGAGGGCCGGCCAGCCCGUGACUCCCAGGGCUUUUCCCGCAGCAAUGGACCCCCCAGAGCCAGUACAGGGGGGUCCAAACUACGAGAGCAGCAGAGACGCCCUCCAUUUGGCCAUCGCAGUUCCCCCCAGGGUGGUUCCAGACAGACUGGAAAAGAGCAGAACAUCCCCCCUAUAUCGCCAAAGUAAAGACUAUGACAAGAAAUCCUUAAUGUCUAAAUAUUUACACACACAUAAAAUAUAUAUAUAUAUAUAUAUAUAUAUA